AUGGCCUCUCCAACUCCGUUUGGCGCCCCCAUGAAAGCGCACUUCCUCCUCGAUCCUAAUUACAACAAUCUCAACCACGGCUCUUUCGGCACCUACCCUUCCCAGGUCCUUGAAAAGCAACAGUCCAUCCAGAAAUCUCUCGAAUCUAGGCCCGACAUCUUCAUCCGUUACAUUCAGCCCGGCCUUAUCGACACUUCUCGGGCCGCCCUCGCGCCCCUCCUUAACGUCCCCGUCUCAGACCUCGUUUUGGUCAAAAAUGCCACGACAGGUGUCAACACUGUCCUGCACAAUCUCGCACUGACCCGUACUCUGACUGCAGAUGACGUUAUCUUCUACUUUGACACCGUCUACGGCGCCGUCGAGCGCGCCCUCUUUGCCCUAAAGGAAUCCUGGGGCGUCAAGCUGAGGAAGGUUAAGUAUGUUUUCCCCCUUGAAGAGGGGGGAAUGGUCAAGAGGUUUAGGGAGGCACUGAAGAGCGUGAGAAAAGAGGGCUUGACGCCGAAGCUCGCGGUCUUUGAGACGGUUGUGUCAAACCCAGGCAUCAGGUUUCCCUUUGAAGAAAUUACGAGGGCUUGUAAGGAAGAGGGUGUGCUGAGUCUUAUUGAUGGAGCACAUGCGGUUGGUAUGAUCAAGCUGGAUCUGGCCGCGUUAGGGGUGGACUUCUUCACGAGUAAUUGUCAUAAGUGGCUCUACACUCCGCGCUCCUGCGCAGUCUUAUACGUUCCCGAGCGCAACCAGAAGUUCAUCCGGACAAGUCUCCCUACGUCAUGGGGGUAUGUGCCGCCACAGGUUCCACCUUCUGAAUCAGGCGAAGACAAGGAUAUCCCUCCGUCCACGCUCCCAAAUACUGGAAAAUCCCCGUUCGUCGCGCUCUUUGAGUUCACAGGGACAACGGACGACAGCGCGUAUGCGUGUGUCCCUGCAGCACUCAACUUCAGAGAUGAGGUCUGCGGUGGCGAGGAGAGGAUCUAUGCUUACCUUGAACGACUCGCUGGGGAGGCGGGUGAACUCCUUGCGUCUGCAUUAGGGACGGAUGUGUUGAGGGCUGUGAAAGAUGCAAGCGGUGCAGGGAAAGGUGGAAAGGGGCUGGGUUGCUCAAUGGUCAAUGUGCGGUUGCCUAUUCGGAUCACUAAUCUGGACUUAAAUUCUGGAACGAAGGAUAAGGCGAUAAAUGUACGGCCGGAGGACGUCAGUCCCCUGUCGCACUGGCUACACGAGCAGUUGAUAGCCAGAGGGACAUUCGUACCGUGUUUUCCGCAUGGGCAGUGGAUGUUUGUCAGACUCAGCGCGCAAGUUUACCUGGAAAGGAGUGAUUUUGUUUGGUUGGGUGAUGUCUUCAAGCAUAUAAUGGAGGGUGUACCGGGCUUUUUGGAGGCGAACAAGAAUGGAACUCAGGCCAAAGCGAAGAUUUAG